AGUUUAAAUUUAGUUCUUAUUUGGAUGUAAUUAAUUAGCCUAUAUAAAUUUCUCUUCAUUAUUUUUUUUGUGCAAUAUUACUUUUGUUUAACGGGUUGUGGGAAUUCAUUUAAUUUAAGAAGCAUUUCUCAAUGGGAUCAAAUAAUGGUUUAUUUAUUUAUGGUUGAAUAUUUAUUUGUUAUUCUUAAAUUUAUUAUUUUAAUUAUUUUUGUUUGAUCUUCCUCCAUCGCCCGUUACCACACCCCUUUCUUAAGCCUAUGCUUUAAUCAGAAGCAAAACAAAUUGGAAGCAGAAUAAGCAAACAGGAUUUCCGAUCAAACAAAAUGGCAACUGUUUUAGAUUCCCAUUUCUUAGCUCUAACUGCCAUUGUAACUUUGGGAUAUCAAAUAUUUUUCUUUAUAAUCACUGCUCUUCUCAAGUUCGAUAAAGUCACUGACUUUGCAGGAAGCACGAAUUUUGUUAUAAUUGCUGUGUUGACUCUGAUAAUUAAAGGAUCAUGGCAUUUUCGUCAGGUAGUAUUGACUUCGCUUGUAGUAAUAUGGGGGCUACGCUUGGCAAUUUUUCUAUUGAUGAGAAUUUUGCAAUGGGGCGAGGAUCGACGUUUUGAUGAGAUGCGCAGUAAUUUGGGGAAAUUAGCAGUUUUCUGGAUAUUUCAGGCUGUCUGGGUCUGGACCGUGUCUUUACCUGUAACCGUGGUUAAUGCUAGUGAUAGAGAUCCAUCGGUUCGGGCUGAAGACAUCAUAGGGUGGAUUAUGUGGUCAGUGGGUAUCUCUUUUGAAGCUGCAGCUGACCAGCAAAAGCUUUCUUUCAAAAAUUCCCCUGAAAACAGAGGAAAGUGGUGCAAUGUUGGAGUAUGGAAAUACUCUCGCCAUCCAAACUAUUUUGGUGAGAUUUUUCUUUGGUGGGGAAUUUUCGUUGCCUCUACUCCUAUACUUGAAGGUGCUGAAUGGCUGGUGAUUCUUGGGCCAAUCUUUCUGACAUUGCUGCUUCUUUUUGUUAGUGGCCUACCAUUGCUCGAGGAGUCUGCAGACAAGAAAUUCGGGAAUGUUGCUGCAUAUAGGAUUUACAAGGAAACAACUAGCCCUCUCAUUCCACUGCCGCAAUCAGUAUAUGGGAACCUACCGUUAUGGUUCAAAGCCAUUUUUCUCUUUGAAUUUCCCUUUUACAGUCGGAGUUUGCCACAAGAAGGGCUAAACUGUGUCGCCAAGCUAGCUUGGAUCGAAGAUCGUCGGAGAUUCGAAUCACACUAUCAAACUCUCAUUUUUGGGUAUAGAUGAUCUUAGUAUUUUAAAAGUAUGGCAUGUAGAGGGACUGGUCAUUUUGUAUUAUGUGUUAAUUGAUUUGGCCAAAUGUAUUGGCUUAUAUUGUUUAAGGUGAUUUGGUAUUUAGCCAUGUAAUUGGCUUAUUUUGGCUAACAUGGUUGUAAGCCUAAGUAUAUUCACAAAUGUGCCAAUGUCUUUGGUGAUAUGGUCAUGGUAUGCUUGGUUAAUGAUGGAAUGUGAUUCAUAGCAUGAAUGUGAAAUGUUGAGAAAUGUGAUAUAUUGAUGAGAUGAUAAA